AUGCGACGCUCUCGGUGUUUUGUCACACCCGUACAGCCCGACAGCAUCACGUGGAUGAUCUUCGCCGCCCACUCACCCCCAAAGUCACCUUCACAAUACCAAUUCCUGUCACGUACGGUACGCAAGCCAAAUACAGCUAAGCCCAGACCGAGCAAGCGCGGUGCCAAGAAACCUCGUGGUUGUUCUUGCGCCUUGCUCUCCAACCUCUGCUUCUUCGUUAUUUCAACCUGCAAUCGAUACCUUGCGUAUCUUUUUCGUCAACCCUCUCAUUCAACAUUUCCUCGACUCCUCUCACCUCUGAGAAUGAGCCGAAAGCUCGCCCCCGAAGCCAAUCGGAUUCUCUUCGUCAAGAACCUCAACUACAACGUAACAGCGGAACAACUUUUCGACCUAUUUGGCAAAUUUGGCGCGAUCCGUCAAAUUCGCCAGGGAAUCGCGAACAACUCCAAGGGAACCGCAUUUGUCGUUUACGAAGACGUGCACGACGCCAAACAGGCAUGCGAUAAGCUCAAUGGUUUCAACUUCCAGAACAGAUACUUGGUUGUCUUGUAUCACCAGCCAGAGAAGAUGGUUCGCACGAAAGAGGACCUCUCGGAGAGGCAAGAUAACUUAGAACGGCUCAAACAGCAACACGGGAUAGAAUGA